AUGGUUGGGUUUUCCUCUGAUUCCCUUGCCCCAACCCACAACAUUGGAUUAAUGUCAGGCCUCCCAGCUACACUGGCAGCCGUUAAAAAUCCCACCCCAAAAAUUGUAUAUGACGAACACAACCAUGAGCGUUGUCCACCUGGUGACCCUAGCAAGCGCGCAUUUGCUGAUUUUGUCUUGACUGGAGGCAGGGUUGUGUUUGCGUCCUUGAUCCGUCUCCUGAUACUGAAGUUUGUUCUGAGCAUGUUUGCAAGUAAAGAUGUUCUUGCCCUCGCCUCCCUUGAGUGUGACCUAUCCAGCAUUGAACCUGGCAGUACUGUUACAGUAAAGUGGCAUGGGAAGCCAGUUUUCAUCUGGCAUCGAACUGAGGAGGACAUCAAGCUGGCUCAUAGUGUUGAUAUUCACUCUCUACGUGACCCAGAGGAGGCUGCUGCCAGGGUUAAGAAGCCCGAAUGGCUUGUGGUGGUUGGGGUAUGCACCCAUCUGGGGUGCAUUCCCUUACCUAAUGCUGGUGAUUUUGGUGGUUGGUUUUGUCCUUGCCAUGGCUCCCACUAUGACAUCUCUGGUAGAAUCCGCAAAGGGCCGGCUCCCUACAAUCUGGUGGUGCCCCCUUACAUCUUUUUGGAUGAGAACAAAUUGUUGGGUGAGCAUGUAUUGAGGUAGUGUUAUUGCAGAGGAAGUGCUGGAUCUGCUGUUUUGUUCUUCACUCAGGACCUGAGAAAGUUUUACUUAUUGUAACAUAUUCUCUCUUUUGGGUCUUGGUUUUGCAUUUGCCGCCAGUUUUAGGAUAUACUAUUUCAAAUACUGACA